AUGGCUAUAGGAAAAAACAAACGUGUGAGCAAGGGUAAAAAAGGUGGUAAGAAGAAGGUUGUAGAUGUUUUCACCAAGAAAGAAUGGUACAAUCUUAAGGCCCCAGUUAUGUUUCACGUCCGUAACUUUGGAAAAACGCUGGUUACCAGGAGUAGUGGCACAAAAUUGGCUACUGAUGCCCUUAAGGGCAGAAUCUAUGAAGUAAAUCUGGCUGAUCUAAAUGCUGAUGAGGAUCAAGCCUAUAGGAAAAUGAGCCUCUGUUGUGAAGAGGUGCAGGGCAAAACUUGUUUGACAGAUUUCCAUGGUAUGAGUAUCACUAGAGACAAGCUUUGUUCUCUAGUUCGCAAACAUUAUUCUCUAAUUGAAGCCUUUACAGAUGUAAAAACCUUGGAUGGGUAUCAUCUAAGGUUGUUCUGCAUUGGGUAUACUAAGCGUUCAAUGGGUCAACUUAAAUCAACAUGCUACGCACAAACCAGUCAGAAGAAGAGAAUCAGGAAGAGAAUGGUAGAGACUAUGCAAAGGGAAGCAUCCACUGUUACUCUUAAAGAUCUAGUCAAAAAAUUAAUACCCGAGUCCAUUGGCAAAGAAAUUGAAAAGAGCUGCAAAAGCAUAUUCCCACUGCAAAACGUGCUGAUCAGAAAAGUAAAGGUAUUGAAGAAGCCCAAGUUUGAUAUUUCCAAGCUUAUGGAAGUUCACAAGGAUGCUACGGAGGAUAUGGGUGUACCUGUUGUUGCGGAAUCAGAAGAGGCCAAAAAUCUCUUAACUGCAGAAGUCAAUGUCUCCAAGUAG